AUCAAAUUAUUACUGUAGAGAAGGUCUUUAUUUUUCUGUUUCAUUAACAGAUUAUUAUAAAGCAAUAAGCAAGCGGGAGGAGAAGCAGAUGUUUCACACUGGGAAUUGAUGAAAGCAUAUCUGUUCGUUUUUUGGAGGUGGGGAGUUGUUUAAAAUCUUAUAACACCCCCACAAACAAAACUCUUCGGAAAUGGUAAAAUAAGGAAAUGCAUGAUUCCAGAGACAUCCCUAAGCACUCAGUUGUCAGGCUAUGUGGUGCCUUGUGAUAUCAUCGGACCUUUUGGAUGGGUCUAACCUGCAAAUGCAAAGGUCAGCUGAGGAAAUCAUUAAAGAGGAAUUCUAAAAGAAGCUUCCAAAGCGUUGGACCACCCUAAAAGAGAAAGGAAGGAAAUGUUCGGGGAAGGCUAGGGUUCCGGGUAGCUGAAGAAGGGGGCGAGCGCCCCCGACACCGUGGCUUCUCCCGUCGCUGCCCUAAGGGAACAGGGUGGGCCUGAGGUCCUGAACAAGCCUUUCCAAGCCCCCACUUCAAAUGUGGGGAGGGAAAAGUUCAGAAGCAGCCACAAGGGGACAAAAGCCUCAUUUUGCCAGUUCAACAGGACAGGACAUCCAAUAAACAGGGCCAGCUCUGGAAACGGGUCGAGACUCCCGUUAGCUCCACAGAGCCCGAAGCAGCCCCUGCCGCCGCCCUCGCCUUCCUCGCCUUCCUCGCCGCCCUCGCCGCCGCCGCCGCCGCCGCCGCCGCGGCCCCUGCGUUACUGGGGGAGACGGUGCGGCUGCGACAGGGGAGGACGCGGCUGGAGCUCAAGGAGGCUCCAGCGCGCAGGCGCCGCCGAGCCCUGCCUGGAUGCUCAGUCAAGGCACUAAGGCAAAAAAAAAAAUCAGCAAUUUAUAGAAAGAAGAAGCUAUAGUCUGUCGGGAUAUCCAACACCAACAGUACAUUCAGACAAUGCAUCUUCAGUAGGGCUUAUUGAGAGCUCCAUUUCUGGAAAGCGUUGCAAGACUGAGGAAUAUCAGACUGCGAAUCACCGGGAACAGUUCCCUUGCAGCACAGAAGCAAUCUCUCUCCCCAUCUUCGCAUAUUCUGAUGGCAAAUCAAAUGGAAGAAAAGAGGAAGCAUGACUGCAGAUCGCAUCAAUUCUCUUUGUGGAUUACAUUUUCAGUAAAAUGUAUGGAUCUAUCUUUUCCUUGUUCUUAUAUCUAGAUCAUGAGACUUGACUGAGGCUGUAUCUUUAUCCUCCAUCCAUCUAUGGCGAACUAUAGCCAUGCAGCUGACAACAUUUUGCAAAAUCUCUCUCCUCUAACAGCCUUUCUGAAACUGACUUCCUUGGGUUUCAUAAUAGGAGUCAGCGUGGUGGGCAACCUUCUGAUCUCCAUUUUGCUAGUGAAAGAUAAGACCUUGCAUAGAGCACCUUACUACUUCCUGUUGGAUCUUUGCUGUUCAGAUAUCCUCAGAUCUGCAAUUUGUUUCCCAUUUGUAUUCAACUCGGUCAAAAAUGGCUCUACCUGGACUUAUGGGACUCUGACUUGCAAAGUGAUUGCCUUUCUGGGGGUUUUGUCCUGUUUCCACACUGCUUUCAUGCUCUUCUGCAUCAGCGUCACCAGAUACUUAGCUAUCGCCCAUCACCGCUUCUAUACAAAGAGGCUGACCUUUUGGACGUGUCUGGCUGUGAUCUGCAUGGUGUGGACUCUGUCUGUGGCCAUGGCAUUCCCCCCAGUUUUAGAUGUGGGCACUUACUCAUUCAUUAGGGAGGAAGAUCAAUGUACCUUCCAACACCGCUCCUUCAGGGCUAAUGAUUCCUUAGGAUUUAUGCUGCUUCUUGCUCUCAUCCUCCUAGCCACACAGCUUGUCUACCUCAAGCUGAUAUUUUUUGUCCACGACAGAAGGAAAAUGAAGCCAGUCCAGUUUGUAGCAGCAGUCAGCCAGAACUGGACUUUUCAUGGCCCUGGAGCCAGUGGCCAGGCAGCUGCCAAUUGGCUAGCAGGAUUUGGAAGGGGUCCCACACCACCCACCUUGCUGGGCAUCAGGCAAAAUGCAAACACCACGGGCAGAAGAAGGCUCUUGGUCUUAGAUGAGUUCAAAAUGGAGAAAAGAAUCAGCAGAAUGUUCUAUAUAAUGACUUUUCUCUUCCUAACCUUGUGGGGCCCAUACCUGGUGGCCUGUUAUUGGAGAGUUUUUGCAAGAGGGCCUGUAGUACCAGGGGGAUUUCUAACAGCCGCUGUCUGGAUGAGUUUUGCCCAAGCAGGAAUCAAUCCUUUUGUCUGCAUUUUCUCCAACAGGGAGCUGAGGCGCUGUUUCAGCACAACCCUUCUUUACUGCAGAAAAUCCAGGUUACCAAGGGAACCUUACUGUGUUAUAUGAAGGAGCAUCUGGAAAUCUUUAGCCUUGUGAAACACUAACCUUCUCUGCUAAGCAAUUGUGGCCUGUAGCCAUAUCUUGAGAAGAAAAUCAAGAAGGGGAUCAGCAAUUAUAAGGAUUUGGGCAACAUUCUGCAGUCUUUGCAAUAGUUCACCUAUAAUCCUAUUUUAAAUCUCAGAGUGAUCCUGCUGACUGCCGGCGAAGGUUUGUAAUUAAGAAAGGACUGAACCACUGCCCUAAGUUUCUUUACGUGGUUGAAAACUAGAUAAUGAAAGUAGCAGGUGCUAAGUAUCAGUGCUAAAUGCUGUGUAUAUCACUACUUAUGAAAAAAAAAACAUCAAAAAAAAAAACCAAUUAGCAUUGGACAUCUUAAUAAAUUAAGUUGACAUGAGGUAAAUGUGUUGAUAAAAACUAAUUUUAGAAGUUUGAAGACUUUAAAACAUUUCAUACUAUUAUUGUUUUGCAAAGACUAAAAUAUUUGGGGACUUAAAGUACUGUAAUCCACUAAAGACGUGCCAUGAAUUAUUGGAUUAUCACACUUUUAAAAAUUCGCCUUGUAAGUUUUGGGGAGCAUUCCAAAGCAGUAUAUUGGUUCCAAUUAGAGUUUACUCUUUUUUUUUUUUUGUAUUAAUACAUUACUAUUUCUAAAUGCCACUUUCCUUACCUACUAGUGAAAUUGCUAGCAUUGAACUGUACUAUGUGGUUUUGGUUGAUUUGGUAUAAAGUUUUUCCAAUUCAUUUAUAUUUUACAAAUGCUAGAUAUUGGUCUGGGAGGCAACAUUAAUGGUACCAACUGGUCACAACUGAACAGUUUUAAUAAUGCAGAAUAAACACAUGUUGCCUUAAAGGGUUAUCUAGUAUCUUUCAUCUUAUUUAGCAUUGGAGCAAAUAGUCAAGGGAAAUCGAACUAGUAACUGGUCAUGGUCAUGCAACUGGAAGUGCAUGGACGAUCAUUUAAUACUCUUUUUCCUUUUUCCUCACAUGGUUUGAAAAUUAAGGUGCACAUCACUGGGAUAAUGAGAUUUUCUUCCGAGGUGUGCUACCCAUUCUAGCGUGUUCUAAGAAGCGGGCAGUUGAUGUAUGUUUAUAUUUUGAGUCAGCUGUCAAGGGGAGACCACAGCCUUAGUAUGACAUCCUGCACAAUUUGUGAAGCGUUUAUUCUACUGAAGGCACAGUCUUGUUUCUACUUUCUGCACAUUCAGUGUAUUGGUCGUUUAAAUUAUUUCAGUUUUAACUUGUGAAAGCUUCUAAUAUGAUUUCUGGUAUUUUAGAAAUACAUUAGAGUCUGUGAGUCUCAUUCUUUAAGAUACAGAUGUGUGAAUUUCAAUAUAAAGUUGCAUUUGCCAAAAUUUA